AUGAAUUUUGAAGAUAAAUAAAAUGACAGGCUAUACAAAAAUAGAUUCUAUAUAAAGCAUAAGAUCAGUGCAGGUUCAUUUGGGGUUGUAUUCUUAUGUUAAGAUCUGCAGACCAAAGAAUAUGUGGCAAUGAAAGUGGAGAAGGAAGACACCAAUUCAAUGAGUUUGGAAAGGGAAAUCUAAAUGUUAGAUGAAUUAAAAAAGCUUCCAGGUUAGAAAUUUGCUAAAAUAGGGAUUCCAAAAAUAAUAUGGGCAGGAAAUGAGCAUAAUCAUAAUUGUUUGGUGAUGCAAUUGCUAGGCAGAGAUUUAUCCUACCAUUUAAAGGCUUUAAAAAGGUUUUCAUUGAAAUGCGUUGUCAAUAUAUCACUGCAAAUAAUAUAAAUAAUUGAAGGUGUGCAUAAGAAAGGAAUAAUUCAUAGAGACAUGAAGCCAGAAAAUGUAAUGACUGGAAAAGAUCAAGAAUCAAACUAAAUCUUUUUAGCUGAUUUUGGAAUUGCCAAAUUUUACAGAGAACCAGAUGGAACCCAUGUACCCUUCAAAGACAAUAAAUCCUUUGUUGGCACAACCAGAUAUGCAAGCAUUGGAGCACACAGAGGAUUUGAAUUGAGUAGAAAAGAUGAUCUAGAAUCAAUUGGAUAUAUGAUUGUCUACAUGUACAAAGGAACCCUGCCUUGGUAAACCUAUCAUAACGUCGCAGAGAAGGAAAAGACUAAAAUGGUUGGUUAGAUCAAAUAAUAAACAUCAUUAGAAGAAUUGUGUAAGGAUUGUCCUUAAGAAUUUUAUUAGUAACUCUCAUUCAUAUUCAUAUGUAGAUAUUUUCAUUAUGUAAAACAAUUGUAAUACAAAUCUACUCCUGAUUAUAGAUAUUUACAUUCCUUAUUUGAGUAAAUAUCUAUAAACAAUGGAUUUAAACAUGAUAAAAGGCUUGACUGGACUGAAUUCUCUCAAGGAACCACUAAAAUCUCAGGAGAAUAGACCCAACAAGAAACAAAACAACCAGUUAGGUCUUCUAGAUAAGAUGAUAAAUUUAAAAAUGUUGACUACAUUCCAUCGAAAAGAUCCGAUAUUAAUAAUUUACAAAAAGCAAUUAAUAGUAAUAGGAAUAGAAGUAGACAUCAAUCAGAAUAAUGUGUCAAUAAAAGUAAUAACAGUGGAAAUAGUUUCUCAUCUUCAUAUAUCAAUAGUUAGCAAUCUUCAAUUCUUUUAAACUAUUAAAACUCAUAAUUUUCUCAAAAUAAUAUUAGAAUAGGAUCCUCAAAACUACUUAGCAAAUUAUAAGAAAGGGGAAUCAUCAGUUUACAUCAGGAUUCUAAAGGAUCUCUAAUUUAAUAGCAAUCUUCUAAAUCAUUUCAUGAAAGACACAUGUCCUCUCACUUAUAAUAGUAAUUAAUUCCUCAAUAGCAGCAGUCAUUUCAUAACAAUAGUUAGAUCAUGCAACUCUAAUAAGAAGACUUUUAAGAUCUGGAGGAACUUGAAGAAAGAUUAAAAAAUGAUAAAAAGUCUAAUUAACGAAAUUAGGCUCAUAAAAGCAACAAACCAUUAAAAGUCAAAGAAAUUCAAAAUCAUUUUAAGCAACCUGAUAACUAAACUGAUUUGUAAGGAAUGACAUAAUUAGAAGAAGCAAGCAUCGAAAACAAGCUAUAAAACUACACUUCUUAUGCUCCAAAAUUAAAACAAAACUUAGCUAAAUAUUGA